UCUACGUGCAAAGGCACAGAUAUUCAUAUAUAAACAUCAGUAGACAAGUGACAUUAAAAUGUUUUUUAAAGAAUCAAAAGUCUAAAUAUGACAUUAAAAUUGGAAUGUUAUGUCAAACGGUGUUAACUUGAGGCGUUGAAGUCGGAUGCAGUUUGUCCGAUCAAAGUGUGCUAACAACGGCAGUGGAGCAGACAUGGUCGCCCCCCCUCCUCCAGAUGUAAACGCCAUGUCUGCGCUUGGGAAACAACAACGGCGGCCGGCGCACGCUCCGACAACAUGGAGGACGUCUCGGCGUAGCGAAAUGGUUGGGUGGGGAGUAGGAAGCUGCUGCGCGUUGACUGGAGGGAGACGGCGAGUGAGAUGGAGGCGGGGGAAGAAUCAUCUCUGCGGGGACUGGAGCCGAGGACCGACGGCGCAGUACUGGCGAUCGUUCAACCCUCCCCUUCUUCCUCCACAACGACGCCGAGGCUCACGCCGAGCAGUAAGACUUUAAAGGUAUCCCCCACAAAUGAAUGGAAGCAUGGAUGCAACAUGCCAAGACCAAGCGUGGGCACAGGAUGACAUCCUCCACCUGCUGGAAGCCAUGAAAGUGGCCCUACCCCCAAAAGACCAGACCAAGUACAAGACGUCAGAGUCUCACCUGGACUGGCAGAAGGUGGCCUUCAAUUCCUACUCAGCUGAGAUGUGCAAGCAAAAGUGGCAGGAGGUUGCUAAAGAGAUCCGUAAAUUCAGGACCCUAACGGAGCUUAUAGUUGAUGCUCAGGACUACAUUAAGAACCCAUAUAAAGGCAAGAAACUUAAGAGACAUCCAGAUUUCCCCAAGAAGCCUCUAACUCCAUACUUCCGCUUCUUCAUGGAGAAAAGGGCCAAGUAUGCCAAGUUGCACCCGGAGAUGAGCAAUUUGGAUCUGACUAAGAUCCUGUCCAAGAAGUACAGAGAGCUGCCGGACAAAAAAAAGAAAAAAUACCUUGAUGACUUCCUGAGAGAUAAACAAACAUUUCUGCAUAGCAUGAUGAGAUUCAGGGAAGAACACCCUGACCUUGCGGAGAGCAUGACCAAGAAAAGCUCCAAUGUCCCAGAGAAGCCCAAAACGCCCCAACAGCUGUGGUACAGCCACGAGAAGAAGGCCGUCCUCAAAGGCCGCCCGGAUGCCACCACCAAGGACAUCAAGGACUCUCUGGGUAAACAGUGGACACAGCUGUCGGACAAAAAGAGACUCAAAUGGAUCGCAAAGUCGCUGGAGCAACAGAAACUGUACGAGGGGAUAAUGCGCGAGUACAUCCAACAACACCCGGAGUUGAACCUGACCCAGGGAGACAUUGUCAAGUCCACGCUGACCAAAGCUGAGAGACACCUGAAGGACAAAUCUGACGGGCGACCUGACAAACCUCCACCAAACGGCUACUCCAUGUUCUGCGCCGAGCUGAUGUCGAGCAUGAAGGAUGUGCCCAGCACGGAGCGCAUGGUGAUGUGCAGCCAGCGCUGGAAGCUGCUCAAGCAGAACGAGAAGGACGCUUACCAGAAACGCUGUGAACAGAGGAAGAAAGAGUUUGAAAUUGAGAUGAACAGAUUCCUCAGCAGUUUGUCGGAGGAGGAGCAGCAGAGGGUCCUGGGCGAGGACAAAGUCGGCUUCAAGAGGGGCGGUUUGGCCAACAGCACCGCAGCCAAAAGGAAGAACUCUAAAGCCAAGGUCGCCCCAGAAAAACCCAAGCGGCCCAUUUCAGCCAUGUUCAUCUUCUCGGAGGAGAAGCGCCCUAAACUGCACCAGGAGCGUCCGGAUCUUUCCGACAGCGAGCUCACUCGGCUCUUGGCUCGCAUGUGGAACGAGCUGCCAGACAAGAAGAAGGAGAAGUAUAAACGACUGGAGGCCGUCCUGAAGGCGGAGUCAGAGAAGAAGGAGGAUCGCAGUCUGCCCGACCCGCCCAAGACGGCACAGGACAUCUGGCAGCAGAGCGUCAUUGGAGACUACCUGGCCAGAUUUAAGAACGACCGUCCAAAAGCCCAGAAAGCGAUGGAGGCCACAUGGAGCACCAUGGAGAAGAAGGAGAAGAUCAUGUGGAUAAAAAAGGCGGCAGAGGACCAGAAACGAUACGAGCGAGAUUUGUGCGAGAUGCGUUCUCCCGUCGCCACCGCCGUGGCCUCGGGGAAGAAGAUGAAGUUUGAGGGCGAACCCAAGAAGCCGCCGUCAAACGGCUACCAAAAGUUCUCCCAGGAGAUGUUGUCCAACGGAGAGCUGAACCACCUGCCCAUGAAGGAGAGGAUGACGGAGAUCGGCGCCCGCUGGCAGAGCUUGUCUUUAAAGGACAAGGAUCGCUACAAGAAGAUCGCAGAGGAAAUGCAGAGGCAGUACAAAGUGCUGCUGGAACAAUGGCUGGCUAGCGUAUCUUCUCAAGUGAGGAACACGUACAAGGAAUAUAAUUCCCAGAAAAGGAAAACUACGGCGAAACCAGGAGGACCCAAGGCCAAAGCCAAGAAAUCUGACACGGAGGAAGAAGAGGAUGACGACGACGAGGACGACGAAGAUGACGACGAUCAGGACAAGGCUUCUUCUGAUGCCGCCUCCUCCAGCGAGGACGACGACGACGACGACGAUGACAAGGACGAGGACGAGGACGAAGAGGAGGACGACGACGACGAGGUGGAAGACAAGGAGAACAAAUCUGAAGACAGCAGCAGCGAGUCAAAUUCAGGGGACUCGUCGGAGUCCGACUCAGACUGAAAGCGGGCGCGGCGUCGCCGUGGCGACAGACAGACUGAGCUGAGCUGAGCCACUAGGGUCCAUCCAGGGAGCUCUGCCACUGUGCCAACCCUGCGCUCUCUCCUCCGGCCACCAGAGGGAGCACCUGCAAAUGCCUCCUCCAUUUCACACACCCACCUUUUUUUUUUUCCUUCUCGGUUUUUGUUCCAAAUCCCUAAGUCAGUCCCUGGCCUGAGUUAGGCCGACAACCCAAGAACUGCAUCCCACUGGUUUGGCGAUGUUCCGAACUUGUUCCCGCCACGCGUUUCCACGAUUUACGGUUUCGAGUUUUAACGUGGCGAGCCUCCGGUUUCUUUCGCGUUUUAUUGUUCUGCUAAAGCGUGAACGGGCUUCUCCGAGCCAAAGAACAUAACCAGGUGGAAGACUUUAGAGAGGGGGGGAGGGUGCGGGGGGAAGUACUGAAUAAUUGCACUCUUUAGAAUGUUUCCUUGUUAAUACUUCUUUCCUUCCUUCUCUUGUCCUUCAAUUUGGAUUUUAUUUCUCAGUUCCUUCAAGAGGUGGUAUUUUUCCAGAAAAAAACAAGCCAUGAUGAAUGUUUUUGUUGUUGUUGUUGUUGCUGUUGCUGGAAUAUUUCUGAUUUCUUAAAAGGUGUUCUCAAUUAUAAGCUGCAGUGCUCAUCAAGUUUUCAACCCCUCCCUUUUCUACUUUUAAACGUUCGACCGCAUCCAGGCCAGUGACGCCGGCUCAAAACAAAUUGGUUUGGGACUUAAUUUGCAUUUACAUGUUUUCCGAUGCGAGAUAGUGUGUGCCUUGACAUCGCUUCGUGACGUCACACAAUCCACCCAACCAACAUUCAUUUGCAGAUUUUUAAUGACAAGACAAAAAAAGUUUGAGGGGGCUGUCUAAACUUUUUACAGGCACUGCAAUUGUUUUUUAUUUCUAUGUGUCUCAUUGAGGUAUCGGAAUAUUGUGAGGCAUUCUAUUAUGUUUGUGUGUGACGUUCUUGAAAAUAUUCCUCAGUUUGCAAGUUUGGAUUUUUUUCUUUUUGUUCUGUGCUGACAGAAAUAAACCAGUUUGUUGUGCGACCACAGAGUUUGCAAUCGAAGCUCUUUUAUUUUGUUUUUAUUGACUGGAAUCGGAAUGUGUUGCUGGUCGCCCCCCCCCCCCCUGCCACAAAAAUAUGCACUUAAAGCAAAUGUCUCCCGUUAGUGUGUGGACGUCACAACAUCAUGAAUGGACAUAAUGUACACUUUUUCUGCUUUGCUGUGAUUGGUUACCUACAAACAAACAUUAAUAUUCACUCGGAUUUAGACAUUUGACUAAAGCAGCAAGGACAAUAAAGUGGCUCUUUGUAAAAGGGAACUGAGCUACCAGCAGGGGGGGAAAAAACGUGUAUUUUUAUCUUGUACAUACUGUUUUAAUUUUCUAUGGAGUGCUUUUUGCUUUGUACUUUCAUUCGGUAAAUCCUUACGUGCGACCUUUUCAGUUGUUGUCCCAUCGGUCGCUUGUUUUUCCUUCAAAACAGCAAAAGCUUUACAAGGUUUGUACUGCUGCCCAUUUGACAAAAGACAUUUGAUGUUUUCUAUAGCUGAGGGUAUAUAUAUAGUUCAAGUAUUUGGGCCAAUAAAAAAACAUUCUUGGA